CACAAAGACUCAGCUUGUACAGUCACACAUUCUCUCACUCUGUUGAAGACCUCUGGCUGUGUCCCACCAGCAGCAAUUGUAUGUGAAAGUACAGCGUGUGAGGAAGUGUCUGUGCACUCUGAUUGAAAACUUCACUCUCUUCUGAUGCCUCGUGGAAGCUACUCCUGAAGAUUCAUCAUGGAGAUAUAUAUCCUGGGGAUCAUCAUUGCAGUAUGUGGCAACUUUCUCAUCAGUAUCUCACUGAACAUCCAGAAGUACACCCACAUACGGCAAUCCCAACGGGGCACCAAGCCAUAUUAUACCAGCCGGCUAUGGUGGUGUGGUAUCCUGCUCAUGGGACUUGGGGAGCUGGGCAACUUUGCAGCGUACGGAUUUGCUCCAGCCUCCCUCAUUGCUCCACUCGGCUGUGUAUCCGUUAUUGCCAGUGCUAUCAUUUCUGUAGUGUUCCUUAAAGAAACUUUACGGGCCUCUGAUCUUCUGGGGGGUGCUCUUGCUCUCACAGGCACAUACCUACUGGUGACCUUUGCACCCCACUCUGCCCCUCACGUGACUGCCAACAUGGUGGAGCGUUGUCUCAUCAGCUGGCAGUUCCUUGCUUACUUUCUUUUUGAAGUGGUCUUGUUUUGUAUCCUGCUGUACCUGUAUAAGUGCAGGAAUCUGAAUCAUAUUGUGAUUGUGAUGCUCUUGGUGGCUCUGCUUGCUUCUGUGACGGUGAUCUCAGUGAAAGCUGUGUCUGGGAUGCUCACAGAAACAAUUCGUGGGAGCCACUUGCAGCUCACCUACCCAAUCUUCUAUAUCAUGUUCAUUGUUAUGGUAGCCUCCUGUGCCUUUCAGAUUAAAUUUCUCAACGAGGCCAUGAAGAUGUUUGAUGCUACAGAAAUUGUUCCUAUCAAUUAUGUCUUCUUCACAGCCAGUGCUGUAGUAGCAGGAAUUUUGUUCUAUGAGGAGUUCUAUGGUUUAUCACUGAUAUACAUCAUCAUGUUUGUGUUUGGGUGUUUGUUAGCAUUUGCAGGAGUGUUUCUGAUUGCAAGAACCCGACCCAAAAUCAAAAUGGACAGAGUGUUCUUCUCUAUGGGCCCAAUUCCAAGUAAGAAAUGUACUGAUAAGGUGCAGCCGGGGAAAAAGGACAGUAAACAUGGCACUCUGGCUUCCAAACUUGUAUGCAACAGUGGUGUGCAGCAGGAGGACUCUUAAAGCACUGCCUAGUGGAGUAAUGGAGAGUUACAGUAAUGACUAUAAGGAGAAGCCAGGCAGUGCUGUAUGAGACAAUGUGUAGGUGUGAGUGUUUAUAAUAAGGCUUUAUAGGUGUGAGACAAAGAACCUUACUGUGGUAACAGAGUACUAAGUUUGGGCUCUGGGUUUAUGCAUUAAGAUUCUCAGAAUCUUGCUUUUUUUGCUGAAAGGCAAAAAAAGAGUAGCCAGAUUGCUCUGAUAUGUAUGACCUCAGGGGUGGUAUUCACUAAGCAUCUCCAUUCAGGAGUGCUGUAUCUGGACCCAUGUUAAUAGUAACUGUAGAAAAUCUGAUCCUGGGUCAGAUUUGUGAAUACUAUCCCUGUUUUUUCGGGGACAAGCAAAUGUUAAAACUAGGGAUGCAACAAUACCAUUUUUAUCAGACCGAGAUACAUUUUUGUGUAAUGAUACCAAAUCCGAUACCAUACUGAGUUGCCUACUUAGAAUUAACUAGUUUAAAUGAGUGCAAUGUACCUAAACAGUUAAAUCAUUACAGUCUAGCUGAUAUUUAAUGAUAUUAAUUAGCUAGCUAUGUUACAUUAGUUGCCUUUGGAUUGAGUAGCGUUGCAGUGGAGAAGAGCCAGUUUUGUUCCACCUCAGAAAAGCGCUUCUGUACAGCUGUAAGUAAAGCAUGUUUCAUAGUUUUAAACCCCAAUCUGUGUCUCUGUAGCACAGUGGCAGCAAGAAUCCAAAGCUAAUGCAUCCAUGGAGUUCACUUGUGGUGUUUUACGCUUGGAGUCUUUUGCAUGGCUGGUUAAGCUGUAAUCGAAUGUCCUCUAAAGCCAGACAGAAACUUUGUGAUUUUAGAAAUCUUGUUCUUUGGUGGCUCACACUAUACAUCUGAAAGGUCCAUUGUGUAGAGUCAAAGCCUACGACAUAUAUUCACACUCAUGUUUUAUUCAGAAUAACACGCCGUGUGCCAAGUACUGAGCAAAGAGAAACUAAGCAGCACUACUAACACUGCACUGAAACUAAAAGUAGGCGGUGAUGUAAAUGGUAGGACAAUAUGGUCCCUCUACAGCCUAGAUUAAAAAAAAAAAAAACAAUACAGUAUUAACGUCUAUACCUCACUAUUCUUUUCAGUGAUACAAAGUCGGCAUAUACAGACUUUGGUAGGCAAUGUCAACUCUUGCCUCUGUUUCGCUGGCCUUUGUGUCUCUACCCGUACUGGGGAAGUGGUUGUGAUUGUGUGUUUAAAAAUGGUUUAAAAUCACACAGUAGAUCUGGUGAGAAUAUGCCAAGGUGAUGUGUUUAAAGUGACCAGUGUCCGACUGUCAUGGAGUCAGCAACACUUUUCUGUCUGAGCAGACUCUCCUUCACUGCCAGUUUGAGUUAUCUGUUCAUUAGAGUGGCAGCGUGCAAUCAGCCGCACUAACGAUACAUGGUAUCAGCGGGUAUCGGAAUGUUGGUGUCCAUGGAUUUUUUAUGAGUACUGUGUCAACAUAUAGAUGCAUCCCUAGUUCAAACAGUAAGAAACAGUAUUUAUUAAUAGCUAAUCUCUAAUGUUUUUAGGAAAAUGGGAAAUUUUUACGUUUUGUUCAUGUUUUAUCCAGAGAUUCAUCUCUGCUGAAAUGGUGGAGAUUACUGUCUUCCUGACCCCCAUUAAAAGUCACAACUUGCCUGCUUCAUGAA